AUGGAGCAGCAGGGCUCCACCUCUGUCCAGGCUGCACACCCUGGGAGCCCUGGCAGGACAAGACCCAUAACCCAGGGCACAGCAAGGAACAAUCAAGACGUGCCAGCCAUGGGCCCCGACCUCCCACAUCCUGGACCAGAAGGGCACUUAGAUGCCCAUGCCCACAGCGGCCCGACGUCCAACUCUAGCAUGACCACCCGGGAGCUACAGGACUACUGGCAGCACGAGAAGUGCCGCUGGAGGAACGUCAAACUGCUCUUUGAGAUCGCUUCAGCCCGCAUCGAGGAGAGGAAAAUCUGCAAGUUUGUGAUCUACCAAGUCAUUGUCAUCCAGACAGGGAGCUUUGACAGCAACAAGGCUGUCCUGGAACGACGCUAUUCCGACUUCGAGAAGCUGCAGAAAGCCCUCCUCAAGAGUUUCAAGGAAGAGAUUGAAGACGUGGUCUUCCCCAGGAAGCACCUGAUGGGGAACUUCACGGAGGAGAUGAUCUGUGAGCGCAAGCUGGCCCUCAAGGAGUACCUGGGCGCGCUCUACGCCAUCCGCUGCGUGCGCCGCUCCCGCGAGUUCGUGGACUUCCUCACGCGGCCCGAGCUCAGAGAGGCCUUCGGCUGCCUGCGGGCUGGCCAGUACGCCAGGGCCCUGGACAUCCUGAUGCGCGUGGUGCCCCUGCAGGAGAAGCUGACCACACACUGCCCCACGGCGGUGGUCCCAGCCCUCUGCGCCAUGCUGGUGUGUCACCGCGACCUGGAGCGCCCCGAGGAGGCCUUCGCUGUUGGCGAGAGCGCCCUGCAGCUCCUGCAGGCCCGGGAGGGCCACCGCUACUACACGCCCUUGCUGGACGCCAUGGUCCGCCUGGCCUACGUGCUGGGCAGGGACUUCGUGUCUCUGCAGGAGAAGCUGGAAGAGAGCCAGCUGCGGAGGCCCACCUCCCGGGGCUUCUCCCUGAAGGAGCUGGCCGUCCGCGAGUAUCUGUGA